CUAACCAUAAUCUGUGAUCAUGUCCGUAUAAUCCCUAAAGGGUUGGUCAUUUAUACUUAUCCUGAAUUUGUGGUCGUUCUAAUUAAUUAUUGAUAAUAACACGAAGAAAUGAAGGUAAAAUUAGGUUAAAUAAUGUUUAAUAGCAUUAAUAAGCCAACAGAGUAGAUAGAUAAGAUGAAUGCCGCACGUUUUGAGAGGUAAAGAUCCAAUUUUUUUUCCGGUAAAAGCUGGAAAAAUGCAACUUUUCAGUAUGAGCCAACGGGCAUUCAUGGCUACAACAUCACUGGCUGGAGCUCUCAGAUCAAUUCCAAGGGCUAGUUUUAGUUCUGCUUCUGGUUCUGUGAAAUGGGAUGGUGGGGUUUCAAUGGUACAAGGAGCUUCGAGAGGAAUUGGCCUUGAAUUUGUUAAGCAACUGCUAGAGAAAAAUGAUCGAGGGCAUGUUAUUGCCACCUGCCGUAAUCCAAAUGUGGCAACAGGGCUUCUUGAUUUAAAAAAUAAGUUUGCUGAAAGACUUGACAUUUUACAGUUGGAUCUGACAGUUGAAAGCACCAUAGAGGCAUCAGCAAAGUCUAUUACAGAGAGAUAUGGCUCCUUAAACCUUCUGAUUAAUGCAUCUGGCAUUCUUUCAAUAACGAAUGUAUUGCAACCAGAAACAACAUUGAAAAAAGUAGAAAGAUCAUCUUUGAUGCUUGCUUAUGAGGUUAAUGCAGUGGGUCCUAUUCUGGUGAUGAAGCAUAUGUGGCCUCUUCUUAAGGCUGGAGGAGGGACUGGGACUGAAAGGGAAGUAGCAGUUGUGGCUAAUAUAAGUGCCAGAGUAGGAUCCAUCGGGGACAAUCGCAUGGCAGGUUGGCACUCCUAUCGUGCAUCGAAGGCUGCCCUUAAUCAGUUGACAAAAACUGUGUCGGUGGAGUUUGCUCAAAGGAAAGAUCCAGUUAUAUGCAUUCUGUUGCAUCCAGGCACAGUGGACACUGAUCUCUCCAGGCCAUUUCAGAGAAAUGUUCCUGCAGGCAAGCUGUUCACCAAGGAGUUCUCAGUGCAGAAGCUUUUAAGCAUCAUUGACAACACAAAGAAGCAUGACAAUGGCAAGUUCUUUGCCUGGGAUGGUCUAGAAAUUCCCUGGUAGUUAUUGCAAUUUUUUCUGGAAACACAGGAGGAAGUAGGAAGCUGUUAACAAAUAGAAUUGCAAUGAGCAGUUGCCAAGUAAAGGUGCAUGCUACCAAAAUGUUCUUGAAAUAAGUCUCUCGAUCUGAGCUUUACACCUGAUGUAUAGCCGUGCCAAGCUACAAUGUUUUCAGACUUGGUCCACACAUUGACUCGAUUAAGGGCCGGUGAGGUAGAUUACUAUUUAGAUCAACAUAAAAAAUAAUCUUUAAAAUAAUUGUUUAUUUAAUCAUAUAUAUUCUAAAUUAUAUUUACUUAA